GUGUCAUGUCAAGACGUCUCCAAAAGUCCCGGGAAACACCUAGAUGACCUCACGCACGUGAAUAUUCCGCAAGUAACCGACGUCACCAACGGCUUCAGUCGCUUCCAUAAAUUAUACCACGAGUGCACGAAACGCCACGUGCAAAUUAGACCCUUGAAGAAGAAGAAAAGGAAGAAAAAGCCCAAGAGAAAAUGUGGACGAUUUAAGGCUACAGGCAGGAGUGAUGAAAACUUUGUAACCCUAGUCUUCGAAUCAAAAACCAUUAAGGGCAAAACAGGUUUCACCAUACGGGAGAAUCGAACAAACCUGUACCUGUGUUUCAAUAAUAAAGGCAAACCCAUAGCUAUGUGCAGCGGUGACCAUAUUCGUUGUUUAUUCGAAGAAAUUCUGGAACAUGAUUUUUCUAUAUUUCGGUCCAUCAGGAAGAGGAAGGAGUGGUAUUUAGGCUUCAAUAAAAACGGAAAACCGCUGGCUAGCAAGAAGUUCCGGCGGAAAAGGUUGAGGAAGUGCUUUAGGUUUCUGAAACGGGACAACGGCUUCACCAGCAGCUCCGAAGUUUCCGUCAAUGGCCCUGUUCUAGGAAACCAUUCUGAGCUUUUACAUAACCUAGCAGGUGAAAUCACUGGUGGACAGACUAUGCGGCCACGAACGCGGAGAAACCGCCGUCUGAACGUGAACUAA